CCUCUUUUUUUGGAAAAUAGCAUAAUUUGUACAGAUUUAUGAUUUUCAAAUGUUGGCAUGUAUGUGCAUCUAUAGAUCUAGGUGGCGCUAUGACAUAGAUCUAGGUCUAUAUCUAUAAAAAUACACUAACGGUUUGUAAAUGGUUCAUAUGAACCAUUUACCUCGUAGAUGUGAGCCAGAUGGCAGACGGUAAAAAAUUAUGUAGAAUCUAUGUAGGCUAGACUAGAUCUUCUAGACUAAUGGGACAAAAUUAAUAUGUUAUUAAUUAAUUGUACUAGCACAGUUUAGCGGAUAGCCACUCGGCGAUCAAAAAGGAUGUGACGUAACGUUGCUAAGGUAGAUAUUAAUGCGCAUGUAGCUAGUCUGGCCGAGGUACUGGACUGUAUAAUAUGGGGCUUAACAUGAUCUAGUUAGCAGCCAUAACAGCGUCGUCGGCGAUUUGUAAAAAAAUUGCAUCAAUGCCGAGGGGGGUCUGGGGGGUUUACCCCCUGAUUUUAGGAUUAAAUCACUAUAAAACUAGUCUAGCUAAGGCUAAGACCUAUAUUCAAGAUACUGCUUACCUUUUUUUGAUAAUCCAAAUCCGAUUUGAUGAUCUAGAUGGCUAAGAAAACCUAGGCUAGAGUCUACAGCUGUUAAAAAUUCGCGUUUGUCUAGUCUACGUCUUGUGUAUUAUAUAUUGUGUGCAUAAGCGCUCAGCGCUGCGUACGUGAUAAUGCAUUGCACAGUUCACACACUUAACUACGCGCAAGAGCUAGCUAGUUCAUGCUUGACAUGCGCAGUGGCAGUGCAUGUUUUUCAAUACUUCAAUAAUUUCCAGCUAGAUUCUUCUUCCAAGCUGACGUCAUGAAAAUAGUUCCGUAUUUUUGUUUACUUUAGUUUUUGCCGAUUAUUUUGGCAGAUCGACGGUUUUUUGCUCUAAUUUUUAAAAACAACCUACAAGUAGGUUACUAAACUACUUUUUGACGGGGAACCCGAUUUUCGACUUUUUGGGGCCCCAAAACGCUCUCUAGCGAUUUCAGCCCUUCGGGCUGAAAUCGCUUCUAUAUAGAGCCUUAGUAACGGAGGCCCCGCCUCCUACGUCACUCUAGAUCUCAUCUGCUAAACUGUACAUUCCCCCUUAGUGGCAGUACUGUAAUUAGAUGAGAGAUAGAUCUAGAGAUCUAGACUAGAAUAGAUCUACCGGUACGUAAAAUAUAAACCAGUCCAUGCAAAAGGCAAAGGCAAAAGGCCAAAGCUAUCUUAAAUUUUCAAAUUAAUAAGAUCAUUCUGAGUUUUUCAAAUGCAAAAUUUAAUGGCAUGCUUCUGAAUCUGAGUCUCUGAGGAUGAUCCAAACAACUACACAACGCAAGGUAAAGGUCACGACAAAGGACUAUUUACCAUUACCAGGCAUUUGCUUCCUUUUCUGCUUUAUUGGACUAGAAGUAGAAUCACACAAGUUCUAGAUCUAGUCUCUAGACCGAUAAAUUUGUCUCUUUCAGGAAUCAGGGUCUUUCUUUAACAAAUUCUGACAUUUAUGGCUGACCCAUUCUAGAGACAGAUCGCUACGUAUGCCAGCGCUAUGCGGGCCUACUGCCAGCCCGCGAUCACGUUCACUGCCGAAACUUCGGGUACUGCAGGCAGCUUCCCGUUCGCUAGUUGACGCGAGUGGGACUCGUACACGAGUGGAAAAUGACUAGAUUUUCACCCAACUGGAAGCAGAUUUAUUUUUAGCUAAAAUGCACCUUUUCCGGCCUGAUUUUUUUCGAACAGGAGGCCCGCAUAGCGCUGGCAUACGUAGCGAUCUGUCUCUAGAAUGGGUCAGCCAUUAAUGUCAGAAUUUGUUUAAAAAGACCCUGAAGGAGACAAAUUUAUCGGUCUUGAAUCACACCUGCAACCAAUACCAUUCGCCCAACAGUAAAAAUUUGCCUCUGGUCAAUAAAACUUUGCCUCAAAAUUACUACUUAUCUGUAGAGUCUAUUUGAUUUCACUAAUCCAAAAUAAUAUUCUUAUUAAAUUAGUACCAAAUAAACAUAAGGUUGAAAAAACACGACUUGGCAAUAACAUUUGAAUAGUAAAAAAAGGAUUUUAUCCAAUAGUUCAUUCAAGCUGAGUACUGUACAGUCCUCAGAUAGUGCACAACUCCAUAUACAAUGCAAUACCCCCUUAUAUUGCACUUAGGGCUGCAGGUGUGACUAGAAUCACAGUGGCAGCAACAUUACAACUUCUAGUUUAAAGUAGGCGGACCGCCUCCGGCCCCUGCAGGCAUGGGUCUCAUUGCCUCCGGCCUCCCUCGUGAGACCGUCCAGGGGCCUGCCUCCUGAGACCUUUUUUCACUUUUCAUCAAUAUUACGGCUAAAGUAAUGGGGGAAAAAAAACGCAUUUUGCCACAAUGAUAUUUUAAAACUUUUAUACCGUAUAUACCACACCUGCGACUAAAAAGGUUCGCAGCGUGGUAAUCUUUUGGCUACUAUUUUACUAAAAAAAACCCUGUAUAUUUGCAUUUACUGCAUAGGUUAUAACUUGGUAACAUAAUGUACGUAUUCAAGUCCUAAAAAGUACUCAUAUUAAUAUAAUAUUUCAAACUUACCAAUGCUUUUAUUGCUUUCUGCCGCUGAAUUGGGUGCCUGAUGAGGAUAGAGUGUCCAGACUACCAGCAAAAUUGGGGAUAAAACCUAGACUACCUAAUAAUAAAGUACGAUUCAAUAUCCUUUUCCAUCACAAUCUUUUCAGAUUGAAUCUCUUGUAACUUCUUUGGCAUUUAAUUAAAAAUAAGAUUGUUUUGGCAUUCCAGCCAGUGAUUUUGCUGAGGAGAUUGACACAUGCAGUCUCCCAUAGAAAGAAAUCUCCUAAUCCUAUGUAUGAUGGGGGGACCAAAAGCUACGCGGGUCUUUAAGCUACGCACUGCAUACAGUAGCGCGUAUUAUAUGGUGUGCGUAGCUUUAGGACCCGCGUAGCUUUUGGUACCCCCACCAUAUGGUGAUGGUACCUUAAGCUACGUGGUACAUUAAGCUACGCACUCCUUAAUACGCGUUCUAUGCGCUCAAUGUUUGGGAUAGAUUAGAAAACAACAAGUCUAUCGAAGAUAUCACAAAAACUUUGGGGGAAAAUCAUUUGUGUACUGUAUUUUCAUCAUUUCAUGAAAUCAUCAUGAAUUCACAACAUUGAAACAGACAAAAAAAAAUUACAUUCAUUUACUGUAUUAAAACUGGUGCGUAGCUUAAUGUACCGUUUGAUUUUGUCAAAGGAAAAUGGACACCGUCGCGUUAGUCACUACAAAAGUCACAAAAAGUCACUGUGUAGGGUCUAUGGCUAUGGCUAGAUCUAAGUUAGAAAUACUAGCACAGAUAAUUGUGAAUAUCCGUGCUUUGCAAUAAUUGUCAAAGUCAAAGUCAAACAAAUUAUGAAAUAUAAUAUUGCUUGCAAAGUUCUUGAAAUUGCCAAUUUUGUCUGGAUACCAGCUGUCUGUAUUACAGGGGGCCCUAUGUGACGUCUGCGCACCUUAAAUGUCUACCUAAAUUUCAAUAUAAGGUAAAUAUUUAUGUCCAAAAAUAUCACUGUCAUGCCUUUUUUCAUAUUCUUAUAAACAUUAAUGCAAAAAAUCUCACAAAAAUAUUUACAAAAACAAUGUUUUUUCACCAUUUAAGACAGGCAUGUCAUUUUGAUACGGCAAAACUUGACUUACAGGUACCUAUGUCGCCGCACUAACUCAUUUUGCACGCAUAUAUUCAAACUUUAGACAUGAUUUAUGGAAUUUCGGGGCCAGGAUUUACCCAGGAAAUAUAAUUGGCUAACUAGCGAUCAAAUCUCAGGCAGUCUACUUUACUUACUCCAGUGUUAAAGCUGGAAUAUCCCACCUAGUACUAGCCUAGUUUUAAAUUUAAUAUAUUCAGACCUAGUUUCCUGUGACACUUGCUCAAUUUUUAAUUUAUGUAUAUACAUUUGGUAAGCUGCAGUGUUUGACCCCGAAAAUCCAUGAAACAGCCCUGUUUUUAUCAUCCAAGAAUUAGACAAAAAACAACAACAGCCAAAACAUAGAUUUUGACACCUAUAAUUUAAAGUCAUGUACCAAUUUUUAUUAAUAUACCACUGGCAAUGUCAUGAUACAAAUGUAAGUAUCAUCGUUUUCUCUUGAUUUUGGAUAAAAAGCAUGAGUUAAAGUAUUCUAUUAAAAACAAAACAAAAAAAAAUACAUGCAAGUGAUGCAACACAUGCGCCAGUUCUCUGUCCGUUCCCCACUUUACUGUAAAGAUUUCCUUGUUGAGCUGCCACCCCUUUCUAUUUUUAUGCCUCCGCCACCGAAGGUGGUGCUGGAGGCAUCAUGUUUUCGGGUUGUCCGUCCGUCCGUCCUUCCGUCCUGCUUUCUCGUUAUCACGAUAUCUCAAAAAACACUUGAGGUAUGAACUUCAAACUUGAUGAUAGUAUGUACCACCAUAGGAAGAGGAUCUGAUUAGAUUUUGGAGUAACAAGGUCAAAGGUGAAAGGUCGCAGAGGUCGACUUAUGGAAUUCCAGGUGUUGGCCUCGUUAUCGCGAUAUAUCUCAAGAUCUACUUGAGAUAUGAACUUCAAACUUGGCUUGGUAAUAAUAUAUACCACCACAUAAAGAUGAUCUGAUUAGAUUUUGGAGUAACUAGGUUUCAGUUCAAAGGUCACAGAGGUCAAUUUCUGAAAUCCUUGAUAUUAGCCUUAUCGCGAUACCUCGAAAACCACUGGAGUUAUGAGGCUCAAACUUGGUGAUAGCGUGUAUCACCAUAAGAAGAUGAUUUGAUUAGAUUUUGUGGUCAACGGUCAAAGGUCACAGAGGUCAAUUUUUGAAAUUACAGGUUUUAGCCUUACCAUUGUAAUAUCUCAAGAACCAAUAGAGAUAUGGGGUUCAAACUUGGUGAUAGUACAUGUAUGUCUCAUCAUUGUAAUAAUUCCAUCCAUUUUCCUAUACUGCAUUUAGGGUAGUUUAGGGUAGAGGCAUAGGAGAUGCAGUCAAAUUUGUCUUGUUUAUUAUCACAUCACUCCCUCUAUUAAAAUGAAAAUACCGUAGUAAUGCCAAUACUCAGCCUGGCGGGUGAACUUGGCCAGCUCACCUGCCUUGGUUCAGUGACAGCGCGCUGUGCUGCUCACUCACACAUUGUUAGCGUAUUUGUUGUGCUAACGCUGUGCGCUAUGCCCUGGCUGUCAUGCGCUACGCGUGGGUAGCACAACGCGCCGUCACUGAACCAAUUUGGGUUACCUGGCCGAGUUCACACGCUAGGCAGAGUAUUGGCAUCACUACAGUACAUGUAGUUUUCUAUUUAUUACCUACUAAUUUUAUCCUUCCUUUUAUCUUAAGUAUCUAAAAUGUAUAGUUCUCGAGGGGGACAGAUGCUAGCUCUCGGUCUCAAAAAAGCAUCUAAACAGAGCAAUUCACUGGCUGCAGAUGGACAGACUAACAACGUGCAUGUACAUGUAGAUGAUGCAGAGCUACCAGGCUUGCAGAUGCUUCCUGAGCUGAAAAAAAAUAUCUAUAUGUCAACACAGAGCAAAGCACAUACUGCAGUUGAGCAGACCAACAGCGAUGAUGAAGAGUCAUUGGUUUCUGACUCAGAAGUGGAAUCUUUUGCAAGGAUGUUGGAUGAGCGAGCCCGUCAACUUGAGGCAUCAAAAAUUGCCGAAAGACCAGAAAAGAUGACAGAGGCACAAAUUGGAAGGCAGACAAGAAUGUCUCGACGACUGAGAGAGCCUGCAGAUACCAACCGCCCAGAAGAUUACACAGAAAAGGACAGAAAGGGGUUUUGUGUCAAAAUUCUACCAGGAAAGGGUAGAGCUGUUUUCACUACAAAAAACUUUCAUAGUGGGGAGUUUUUACUCCAUUACCAUGGGGAAUUAAUAGAUAAAGCAGAGGCAGAAGAAAGAGAAAGAUUUGAAGAAACCGGAUUCAGAUAUUUCUUCAAGUACAGAGGGAAGAAUCUGUGGUAAGUGUUUUAAAGGUAUUGCACCGUGUUGGUAAAAGUCGAAGAGGUAAAAUUAGAUUUCCUUAAUUUUAUAGUUUUUGGAUACACUUAUGAGGGUAGAACGCACCCCCGCCAAAAAAAAAUCGCUCUGAAAUGCCUGUAUUUUCGAGAAAUCGCGUGUUUAGUGUUGAUUUUGGUUAUUUAUCUGGUACUCGAUAAAUACGGCUAAUUCGCUUGAUGUUGAAUAUCUCAUGGAUAAAAUUGUUUCUGAUCUUACUGUUAUAAUGUAAUGAUGAGGCUCAGACAGUCAUUUGUAAGCUUGGUAGUAGCAACUAUUUAAAGGCAGUCACGCAGGGGAUUUCCUGAUUAAUUUCAGCCGCAGAUGGCGACACACAAGUACGGUCACGAAGCUGUUUACCGAGCGGAAUUGUACGUGCGCGGGUGUCCAGUUUCUGUACGUGCGUAUGCGCACCAUUCUCAGUCAUAUCAUGUCACUGCACUGUCAGUGUCAGUAUCAGACCUGCAAAACAGUCUGUCUGAUCUGUCCUGACACUCUAAAUUUGCUCAAGUCAAAUUUUCAGUUUCAAAAUCAAAGUGUCCAGGGCUGUCAGUAUCACUGCAGCGAGUGUCAGCAGGUCAGUGUCCCUGUCAGUGUCACUGCAGCGAGUGUCAGCAGGUCAGUGUCCCUGUCAGUGUCACUGCAGCGAGUGUCAGCAGGUCGAGUGUCACUGCAUUGCAAAAAUACAUCAAAGACCAAGCUUUGUGCGCAAGAUAGCAAAUAUAAUUCAAACUUAACGUUCUAAUAAAGCCUCUAGAGACGAUCGGAUAUAUAAUAAAACAAUUACCGGUGACGAGAUCUCGAUAAAGACAAACACCAAAAUUUACACCGCACAUGAAAGUAGACGUGCAAUCGCGAUCGCAGGUUGCAGCAUACAGCAUGCAGCAGUAAUUUUCGGUCUUGUUUACGUUUGGUAGUAUAAAGCGCGGCCGAGUACAACAGCUGUUCAAUUCAGUAGUAUACUAUAACUAGACCCUCUAUAAGAAUCCAGAUUAUAAAUCUACUAACUAAUUUAUAGCUUAUACAGUAUAUUAUUAGAAUGUGAAAAAAAAUAACUGUGCGGUAACAAUGUAGUAUAUUUUCUUUGCUUUUUUAAGAUGCAAUUGACAACACAAGAAACAUACACAGAUUGCGAUAUUGCGCAAUGUGCACGUUUCUUUCGUGCGUACGUAAUGUGAGCUGAUCGCUGAGACAGCUCGAGCGGGGAUAGCGAGCUGGCGAUUCCUAUGCACACGGUUUGAUUUCUAUAUCGUGCGUCUGUGUGUGUGCGUCGCUCGGAAGAGUUCGGACGGCCAUGUUUGAAAUUGGGUGCUGCGGGAAAGACGACCACUUUGGUGUUCGCUUGCCCCUCGAGCACGCGUAGUUUGCAUUAGGCGAAACGGUUUCACAAGGGAGUUGGACGGCGUCAGCGUACAUGACAUUUCUCGUGGCCAAUGAAAUCGCUCGCCACGCGUGUAAGUCUUUAAUAUGUGGUUCCAUGUUGAAAGAACCAAACAACACACUCCCUGUGUCCUGACCUGGGUAUGACUCAUAGGUCAUGACACAAUAACAUAAACAUUGGCUAGUCUUUGUUCAGGCUUAUCAUUACAAAGACUUUACAAACAGAUAUCACGACACUUUCACAGGUAAGGUUCUAUUCAUGUUGAUACAUCACAAAAUAAAGGAAAGUUGGGAAAUUUUCAAAGGACAACACUGUUUUUAAAGGGAAAAACAAAUUUGUCUGGCCGGACAGAUAUCGCCGACUGUAGUUGUCCUUUUCUAGCUUCCAAUGCUAUUUGAAGAAAAUUAGGAAUCAAUUUGGUCUUAGGUCAUCUAGA